ACCAGGAUGGAUCAGCUCAAGGUCACAAUCAUGGAGGCUGAUCAAUACAGCCUGGUUCAAGAAGAGGAUUGGGCAGUGAAAUAACUGGCUGAUUGUGAAACAUGAGUUGUACCCCCUAACAAUGUGAGGCGAGAGUGUCUUGGUGACAUGGCUGAGACACAUUCAGGCAAGGCUGGUUGGUGACAGUCGCCAUGAAGUGGAGCGAGAUACACAUGAGGAGUCUCAUGUGGCAGGCAUUGGCCCUGCUCCUGUUCUGUUCAUACUCCACACAACUGUGUCCAGACCAAUGUCAGUGCCAUGGCAACGAAAACACAGGACAUGUCAAGGUCAGUUGUGCUGACCUUAACCUUACAACCGUCCCCAAGGGUCUUCCGCAGAACACCACUAUUUUGGAUCUCCGUGGCAACCUCAUUUCUAAUCUGAGCCAAGAAAACUUUGAGAAUCUCUCAGAAGGACUUCUAGAAAUUGACCUCGGGCAUAACAGAAUUACAGAAGUUGGUGUGAAUUUUUUCCAGAAUUUGAAACAGCUGACGAAAUUGUCAUUAGAUUCUAAUCAAAUCAGUGUGAUACAACCCGGAGCUUUUGAGGAUCUUCAGAGUCUACAGAGUCUAAACCUAGCCAAAAAUCAACUGGAGAUACUGCAGGCAGAACUUUUCUACAGACUUCCUCAGCUACGCAAGCUAAAUCUGAGUGAAAAUUCAGUAAAUAUCAUAGAGAAUAGCACAUUCCAUGAACUCGACUCCUUGGCAACUUUGGAUUUAAGUUUUAACAAUGAUCUGUCUCUAACCAAUACAAGCCUCUUAGGCUGCAGUCAAGUUCACACAUUGUAUUUACAGGGAUGUGGGCUAGACACGAUACCAAAUGAGGUAUUAGAAGGCAUGACAUCUCUGAUUUAUCUUGAUCUCUCCAGCAAUAGUAUUCCAUAUGUGAACCAAUCAACAUUCCCAGAACUACAGACAUUGCAACACCUAAUCUUAACCAAUUGCAGCAUUGGUCUUCUUGAACCAAAUUCAUUCUCCAGUUUUCCUAAUCUGGUAAACCUGACGCUUGACCACAAUCCAUUGACUGAAAUACCUGCUGGCACAUUUGCAGGAUUGAGCAAGUUGGAGACGCUUUCAAUCAGCUACCUUCCACAACUUCACUAUAUAUACAGCAACGCCUUUGACGACUUAAAAAGUCUACGAGCACUGUGGAUCAACAACAAUUCCCGAUUGGCAUACAUCCACUACAACUUAUUCCGCAGAUUACAACAUCUUACUUAUCUUGACUUGAGUUUCAAUAACAUCACUCGUGUUCAUGAAAAUGUGUACAGUAAGUUCCAGAACGUUACAGUGAAUAUAAAUGGGAACUACCUCUUCUGUGACUGUGAACUGGACUGGAUACUACAUACAAUAUAUUCUAACUCCACGGAUCUACCAGUAACUUUCCAAAAUAAGGAGAGACUCAACUGUAGCUUUGAGGACGACUUGUCCUAUGAGUAUCCACUGCAGAGUUUAUCCCCUAAUGAUUUACAGUGCCAUAACUUAUCCACAAAUUCCCCUGUUAAGAGCUCUGUCAUGUUCUUACCCAUUGGAAAGCCUGCCAACCUGUUCUGUGAUGUGGAAGGCGAUAACAGUCCAGUGGUCACAUGGUUUCUUCCUCAUAACAGGCAGAUAUCCUUCCACAAUUCACAUCCACUAAUCCACGUGGAGCAUACAGCUAAGACUGAGGUGGAUGAAAAUGUGUUACACCCCAUGUGGCAUAGCUCAGGAAGUUAUCGAUCAGAUAUCGCAGACCAUCCAGAACGAAUCAUCAUCCUUCAGGAUGGCUCUCUGUACAUUGACUACAUAUUACGAAGUGAUGCAGGUCCAUACUCAUGUGUUGUUCAAAACUCUCGGAGCAAAUUUUCCAUGCAUUUUAUUCUCAGGUUAAACUACGAGAUUAUAAACGAGGUAAAGAUAAUGAGCCUUUUUGUGGGGCUGGCAUGUGCUGCUUCUUUCUUCAUGUUGAAUUUGAUAUAUGCAUUCACGUCCGCUUUGGCACGGCGUUGCGUCAAUCAGCGUCGCCGUGAUGCCAUUUUGAAACUUCUUGAGAACCUUGAUCAAUACAAGUCAUCACAGCUGAGUCGACUUCGUGAGAAUUACAAUAGUCAGUUGCAAAAGAUUCGAGAAACAUACCAUCAGCGUCUGGAACGAAUCAGUACAAACUAUACCAGCCAGGUGUCGAGGCUCCGACAAGGAGCCUCUCACCUACGCGAGGGAGCAUCCAACAAAGUCGGCACUAUUAGAGGUAAUUAUAAGUCGAUACGCGACAAUUACAACAACCAGCUGGGAAAGCUACGUGAUUACAGCUCCCACCAGCUGGAGCAGCUGCGUGAUAUGUACAGCAACCAGGUUCUAAAGGUACGAGAUUAUGGCUCACUACAGCUAGGACGCUUCCACCACAAGUACAAGUUACAGCAACGACAUGUCAUCAAACUUCUAGAGAUGAUGAACAUGGACAACUGCCGUACUGUGUUUGAGACUGAAUGUGUUCAUGCUGAGUCUAUGAUACUGCCGGAGCCAAAUCUAGACCCGGCAAUACUGUCUCCCUCGGACAGCAUCAGUGUCAGUGAUGAGGAAUAUGUUACAGCUACAUCUGAAUCCUCGUCCAUUUCUAGCCAGAAUCAUUUAGCUUGUGAACACUUACUACCAAAGAAUCCAAGGCCAGGGGAGAUAACUCCAUCCACUUCAGGAUAUUCUCCUGAAUCGGAGGAUGCGAGUCUGACAAGUACAGGAUACAAUCCUGACAAACAUUUAACAGACUAUGAUGUUUUUAGUGAGAGCGACAGUCGGGGGGACGAGGGUCGAGGAAAAUGAUCGCGAUUCGUCUUACGUCAAUAUACAGAUGAUAGACGAGAGUGAGAAUUUUAACCUGGAGUAUGAUGGUGAUUAUGACGAGGAUGAAGUUACUGUGUGAGAGAUCCUAUACAGAGAUGUAUGAGUGACAAUGCGUAAAUGAAGAUAAUAAAAAACUUCUUUAAUUUUAGUAAGUUCUGUGUAAAUAGCUUUAAGAUUCAAACAUAAUCAACUGCAAAUAUAUAUUUUGAUUCAAGAAUACUAGUCAUACAAAUGAUUGACAACAUGUUAUUUCUUACACAAAUGAAUAUCAUUAAACUGCAAGGCGAACAAUUGAAAUCAUUAAGAAAUAAUCAAAUUUUCUUAAUUUCUUUGGAAUUUCUUCUAACCCGAGUUAAAUGGAACUGAAUUUUAUGAUGGAUUAAGAAGAUUUGUAAGUGGAACUGAAUUUUAUGAUGGAUUAAGAAGAUUUGUAAGUGGAUGCAUAUGAUUUCUUUGGGUGGAGAAUUUAAGUAUAGCCUUAACAGUACAAACACCAAAAGUACAGUGUAUGAAUCAAGACUAGGAUAAAGGCUGGUUGUAUCUAGCUAGUAAUCAGAAUUUUUUAUGUUUUAACAGCUCAAGUCAGUUUGCACUAGGGAGACUGUGUUCAUUCUGGGGUCAUAGAGUAUAGAGAUAGGGGUCAUGAAAUUGGUAUAGGACAGAUUUCUUUCUGUUUGUGGAGAAACGAAGUCAGAUAACCACCUGAUUUCAAACACAGUAAUGUCCAUUCUAUCCCUUCAAUUCAACUGAAAUUUCUAAUCAGAAAAUAAAUUCUGUUCAGAACCUCUAAAUGGCUUGUGAAUCCAAAAUAAACUUGAAUUAAUUACUUAGGACUGUUGGGCUUGAUGAGUAGAAAAUCAAAUUCAAUUCAGUUUUAUUCUUCAUCUGUCACAAAAACACAAAGAUUUUACAGUAAGGGUCCAAUCCCAUUCCUCAAAUAAUUUUUUUUUUUUUUAAAAACCUAGUUAAUGAGUACAGAUACAUCUCAUUCUCACAAAGAUAAUAAAAUGAUCAUAUAUAUAUAUAUAACCAUCUAUAAACAGAAUACUAAUUGGAAAUAAACAUCGAACAGUGUGAGCAAUACAAGUGUGUUCUGUGGACGUGCCAACCUUGUUACAGUUGUCUGUUAUAGUCAUGUUGACCAUUUUGUGUGUUAGUGCAAUACAAGAAGAACCAUCUAGUCACAUUUUGUAAAAGGGUUGCGAUAUAGUAAGCCUUAUUUUGCCUCAUUUUGAUUCAAAAACUGCUAUUUAUAAGCAAUUUGGAUUACUAUAGCAACCAGACUGAUCGCCUACUUUUUCCUUCUUCACUAGUCCAAACAUGUUAUUUUAUACACAUUUUAAUAUUGCUAUGAAGAGUAAUGAAUUACAACGUCACAUUGUAUUGCACUUGUGUGUCUAGUCUUCAAAUCUAAUCACAUUCUAGAUCAUGUUAAUUCAAGCAUUUAAAAAAUGCCAAAAUCAAUGCAUACUUUGCUUAAAUCAACUAAGAUUAAAUUUCUUAAGAUUGCACAGAAAAAAUACAAAAGAUUCAACUGUUAACAAUCACUCGCUGUAAAUACCAGUUUGGACUUAAUAAUCUUUUUGUGAUCAACUGAAGCAAGCUGUAUUGAAGACUUUGACUUUCUUUAAUACAGUUUCUUCUGAUUAUUCUUUUUAAAUCUUUUAAUCACUUUAAAUUCAAGCACUUUAUCAAUUUCAAUUCUUGUGUUUUAAGUGUUCAAUCUUAUUAGAAUAAACUUUUCUUUUAUGUUAUUGUAUGAAUAAAUGACUGUGACUCAUACAAGGUCAUGUUAAUUACACAAGGUUAUAUGUGUAUUACACAAGGUCAAAUGUUAAUUAUACCAGGUCAUAUGUUUAUUUCACAAGGUCAUAUUGGUAUGUUAAUUACAAAAGGGCAUAUGUUAAUCAUACAAGGUCAUAGGUUAAUUUCACAACGUCAUAUCAGUAUGUUAAUUACACAAGGUCAUAUGUUAAUUAAACUAGGACAUAGGAUAAUUAUACGAGGUCAAAAGGUUAACUACGAAAAGUUUGUAUAUUGAUGUUCUUUAUAUUAAUUACUUAAAUGAAGUAUGUAUUAGAAUACAAAAGAUCCAGAAGUGUUGGAAAGGAUUGAUGUUCCUUAUAUGCAGAAGGUAUUUAUUCAUUUCUUGAAUAAAAUCGAUCUUAUAUGGGUCACUGCCAGGUAAAUGUGAUAACAUAGGUGAACAUACUUCAGUAGAAUUUUAUAAAAAUAAUUUUCAAUUUGUUGGUGGGUUAUAUUAUGUUGCACAUGUUAUAUUCUUCAUCUAGUCGAUGGUACAUGUUGUUCUUACAAUCUUAUUUUUACCUGAUGCAAAGAUGUCCAAUAGCAGAUGCAGAUUAAUAGAGAGCAGGUUAAAUUCCACCAGCCUGAUCUAUAUUUUCCUAGUAGAUAUUUUCACUUGCCCUGAUGAGGCGACGGGCCGGUGGAACAUUUACAUCACCUGCCUGAUGUACACAGAUUGGGUGUUUUCUUAUGCGACACUGUACUUCGUACAAUUUCUUUGUGCCAAUGUCUUGUCUAUUUCAAUGUCAUGUCAAGUGCUUAAGUUAUUAAACUAUUGAUGUAAUUCA